AUGCUACAGGGCUGCCCGAUGGAGACGUCGCUCUCAAGACAUAUCCUGGGCGCUGUGGCGGAGAUCUGGGUGCUGAUCCUGUUCAACAUCGGGCUGUUCGCUUGGGUGGGCGUGAUCCUCUUCUCCGGGACGGAGGAAGGGGGCAAGCAGUUCUCGGACCUGUGCGAGGCAAGCUGGCGCCUCUUUGUCCUUUUCACCACCACCAACUUCCCGACAAUCAUGAUGACGGCGCUCGACCAGGUGCGGGCGACGAUAAUCUUCUUCGCCUUCUUCGUGAUCCUCAACGUCUUCUUCCUGGCGCCGCUGUCUCUGGCGUUCAUCUUCAACGUGUUCCGCGGGGGUCAGUCCGGCAUCCCGCAGAUGGAAGAGGAGAUACGCCUCAGGAGUACCGCGGCCGCCUUCACCCUCCUGGACGACCGACAGUCUGGACAGGUCUUGAGCGCUAACAUGGGUGCCUUUCUGCUGGAGCUCCACUCCAUGCGAGGCGUCGCCAGCCGCGAGCUGUCGAGGCUGCAAGGGCUCAUCGACGAGGUCGGCGCGAGGACGCCGGAAGAGGCCCCGUCCCUCACCCUGCAAGACUUCCAGGACGCCGUUGAUGUGCUGGACCGCUCUCGGGAGCACGCGGAGUGGAUCACUGAGAUUCAGUGGUACUACCCUCAGCUAUACCAAUCCCCCGGCUUCCGCCGGCUGACGAGGAUCGUCAAGCACAAGCGGGUGACGUUCUGGCCGGGCUGCUGCGGGACUCCUCAGUUUUCGAUGCUUUUGAUCGACGCGGUCGACACGUUCCUUCUGGUGAUGUCGUUCGCGGCUCUGUGGCUCGCCAAGUCUUUCUCAGCGUCGGAACACGAUUCAGAGCGGUACGACUGGGUGCAGAUCACCAUCGUGGCGAGCUUUUGCGUGACCGUCGGGCUGCGUGCGGCGGUGCGGGGGUGGUACAACUGCCUCCAGCGUCCGACGUGGGCGUUCAGCGCUCUGGUGACCUUCUUCAGCGUGGUCGUUCUCGUCCUUGUAUUCUUGGUUCCGGCGGAACAGUGGGGCUGGAGGCUCCUGCGCGCCCUCCGCGUGACCCACAUGGCGCUCGCGAUGGCGUUCUUGCCCAGGAUGGCCUUCCUCAUCCGGACCCUCCUGACCAUGACCAAGCGGGCGGCCACACCCGCGAGCGUUCUGCUGGCUUGGUCCUUCUUCAUGGCGGUCCUCGGCGCGCAGAUUUUUGGCGGCAAGGUGUGCGUGCCGGAACUGGCCGAGAAUGACGAGAGUUGCCUCGGAACCACGGUCGUCUCCAAUACGUACACGGACACGGGGCUCAUGCUGCUCAACUUCAACGACGUGCCUACUUCGUUCGUGACGCUCCUCGUGUUGUUCGUUGUCAACGACUGGACGUGA